UUAAAAAAGCAUGGACUUGAUAAAACUUGUCUCUCUCGUUUUCUUUCUCUAUGCAUUCAUUCAUAUCAUAGCUUUUGUCCUAAUUAUCAAAAACACAAAAUCUCCAAGGCUCCCACCAGGUCCUCCUAGUUAUCCAUUCAUAGGAAACAUAUUGCAACUUGGUCCUUCCAAACUCCACCAAUCACUCACUAAACUCUCCAAAACAUAUGGACCAAUUAUGAUGGUUAAAAUUGGAACUAUCACCACUGUGGUCAUUUCCUCUCCAAAAAUAGCCAAAGAAGCACUUCAUACAAAUGACCAAGCUUUAUCUCACAGAUUUGUACCUCAAUCUGUCCAAGCACUUUCACAUCACAAAGCUUCUCUUAUAUUCAUGCCUGUCUCACCAAAAUGGAAGACCCUUAGAAAACUUUGUGCCACCAAGAUAUUCUCUUCUCAAACUCUUAAUUCCACUCAACCUCUCCGUUUACAAAAAUUGAAAGAACUCGGUUUUUACUUGCAAGAAAAUUGUAGAAAGGGUAAAGCUAUUGAUAUUGGUGAGGCUGCAUUUUCUACGUCUCUUAACUCACUAUCCAACACUCUUUUCUCCAUUGACUUGGCUAGUUUUACUUCUGCUUCUUCUCAAAAGUUUCGAGAUGUAAUUUCCUCUAUGUUGAUUGAUGUUUCAAAGCCUAAUAUUGCAGACUAUUAUCCUAUUUUUCGUAGAAUUGAUCCGGAGGGCCUGCAACGAAAGAUGAAAAAGUAUUACGAGAAGUUGCUUACACUUUUUGAGUCUAUCUUUGAAGAAAGAAGUACUCAAAAGAAAGAUUAUGGAAUAGAACAAACUGAUGUAUUAGAUUUAUUGCUCGAUAUCACCCGAAAGGAAGAUCCUGAAUUGACACUGCAUGAUGUGUUACAUCUAUUUCUGGACUUAUUUGUGGCUGGAACAGACACAACAUCGGUAACAGUUGAAUGGGCGAUGGCAGAGUUGCUAAAAAAUCCAGAAAAAUUGAAGAAAACAAGAAAUGAACUUCAACGAGUUAUCAAUAAAGACAAAUUUGAAUCUAAAGAGUUCGAUAUUAAUAAGCUUCCUUACCUACAAGCAGUAGUAAAAGAAACCCUUAGGAUGCAUCCAGCAGCCCCUAUAUUAAUUCACAAAUCAAUAUCAGAUGUCGACUUAUGCGGGUUUAGGGUACCAAAAGAUGCACAAGUUCUUGUGAAUGUGUGGUGCAUGGGAAGAGACUCAAGUACUUGGGCUAAUCCAGAUUUGUUUCAACCCGAAAGGUUUUUGGAAAGUGGAGAGGUUUUUAGAGGAGAAGAUUUUGGGUUCAUUCCCUUUGGUGGUGGUAGAAGAAUGUGUCCUGGUGUUUCAUUUGCUCAUAGGAUUGUGCAUACCAUGCUGGCCACUUUCCUUUACCAAUUUGAUUGGAAGAUAGCUGAUGAGGUAAAUUUUGAAGACAUGGAUAUGGCUGAAAAAUUUGGGAUUACUUUGCACAAAGUCAAGCCUCUCAUGGCUAUUCCCAUCAAAGAAUGAAAAAAAUAGUUACACUUUAAUUUUGAUAGAGCUGAUGCUUUUAGAACUAAAUAUUUAUGUAAGAAAUAAAGCAACCACUAAAAAUACAUCUAGUUAGGAGAAUCAGGUUUGACCCGAGCACAGAAAACAAGUUGCUUGAAUGAAGUUGUUUUCUUUACUUAUAUGUUGGAAAUUGUCAGUCUUUCUUUAAUGGAUGUGCAUU